AUGGUCCCGCCGCAGGGAUUGCUGCCGCGUUCUACGCGCGAUGAUAGCGAGCCACGGCGCGCGUCGGCUGCUGCCGCGACGAACGGUAUAUGUUCAAGCAGCAGCUAUAGCUAUAGCAAGCCGCAUAUGCAGCCAGCAGCAGCGGGCAGAGAGGAGCAGCCAAGCAAGCAAGCGAGCGAGCAAUCCAAUUGCACACCCGCACACCCGCACAUCCGCGCCGCACACGGCAGGAGCAGGCGGCAGCAGCUGCACGGACUGCACUGCACGCACGCGCGCGAUGCUCUCUCUAGCUGCUGCGUGUGUCGUGCGCUCCUUUUGCGGCGGGCAGCAGCACCAGCAGCACGCAAAGUCACGAAUCUCUCGAUCACGCGCUGCACCCAACCCGAAAGCUUUGCGCGAAAACGUGCUCAGGGGGGAGUGCGGGUCACGCUGCUACACCUGAUGCUCGUUGGUCUUGGCGAAUGGAAGGACGGGCGGUCGGCGUGCGCUGCUGCUGCUGCUGCUGCUGCUGCUGCUCGAGACUUAAGUCGAGAUAGCAAAGACGAUCGCGCGCGCGUCUUUCGGCUCGUAAUCUCAGCUCUCGAGCCUCGAGGCAAUCGUGAAUGCAAGGGAGCGAGCGGUAGAGUCAAAUGUGUGGUGGAAGUUGAAAGUAAUGGCGCCAAGAGGGGACGAGAGAAGGGCGGGCUAAUCGCAGUAAAGAUCACCGAGGCACAAGCAGCGCAUGGGAUAUUGGGAGCGACUCUUCAGACUGCCCCCCCCCCCCGUGUCAGCACGCGAGCGGUUCACGAGGACCAUCACCUCAUCGUUGCAUCAUGGAAUGCUGCCCAGAUUGCUGCGACGGCGGCUUAUCCUCGGCAUCACAUUCAUCUGAUCAGUACAACAGCAGCAGCAGCAACAAGGGUAGAGGGCGCCGCGCAAGCUAGGUUCGAGCAGCCCCUUGCGCGCCACGCAGCAGCAGCAGCAGCAGCAGGAGCAGCGCCGAUAGCGCCGUUGCUGCUGGUUUAUCAGUCGAUCGCGUUUGCGGUGUUGUGUGCUGUUGUUGAUUUUGACGCUUACCGCCGAGCAGCAUGUAUGUAUGCAGCUUUAUUUCGGUGCAUGAGCGAGCCGAUGCAGCAGCAAUCUCUCCAGAGCAGCGUACGGCAUCCGAUCACUACUGAAGCGCUCGAGAUUGAGACUGAGCUCAGUCGAUGA